AGGGUUAUAACGUGGCAUCAAUACCUAUGCCCAAGCGGAGAGUCGUAAGUCAACCACUUUUGUCCAAUGUCAAAGAAUUACCUGAUGUUCCAAAUGUUGAGCCCUUAGAAGAAGAAGAAGAAGAAGAUUUAGAACAGAUGCAUAGUAAUUCAUCUAAGUCUAGUUCAACGUCCGUACAUGACCUGAGACAUGAAAUUGCCUCCCAAGAAUCAAAUAUAAGACCUCCACCACCAAGCUAUAACAACUCAUACAAUUCACAGUAUUUACACUCGAAACAUAGUCUGACUUACUCCAGUAAUAGUAUUGAAUACAUGCUCAAUUACCCUAGUCAGAAACAUCAAGAACCUCCCCAAUCACCAGAUUCAAGUUACAACUCGGUUAAUUCCCUAUAUUAUACUCCUCAAGAAUACCACGCAUCUUAUGCGCUUGACAGCAUCGAGUAUCCGAAACUUGAAACAUCACAAUAUAGGACCAAACAACAACUGGACUCCAAAAACACCAGCUACGGCACAUACAAAUUACAUUUCAGACCUACAGAAUACCGUCUGUCUUUCUCAGAUGACAAUAUGGAUUAUCUCUCUCACGAAUUUUCAAAUCUUGAAAUUGCAAAAAGUAAUGAAGAUAGUUUAUUUUCUAACCCAUUAGUUGACCCUGGUUCAUCACAAGAAGAUUUGUAUUUAACGAUUUCUCCAGAAGAAACUAAGAAACAAUUAUCACCAGUUCCUGAAAUUCUUCCCAAAGUUCGCAAGAGUAAUUCCAAACACAAACCAAAACCACCGGUAUUUCACAAUAGUUUAUAUUCGGAAAAACAUACUAUCAUUGAACAAGUGAAACAACGUCCAUUUAGUUAUUGUCUUGACUCAAAGCAUAAUUAUGAAGAUAGCAGAUAUCCUAUAGCUCCACCAAUUAAGAAAGUGCAAGAUAUAAACAAACCUAGAGCUACUAAGAGGAACUCCACAUUAACUAUUAAUACCACAAAUACAAACGUGAAUGAACAAAGGAGAUCAGUAAGUGACUUGCAGCAAUACAUAAAGACAAGCAAGGAAAAAUUCAACAAUAAUCGUAUAGUGUCAUUUGUUAGAGAAAAGAGUAAAGAAGUGACCCCACCCAAGCAAGAAAUGCCCAAAGUCGAGAAGAAAUUGUCGUUUGCUAGAGAAAAUACCAAGGAGUCUGUCGUUACUUCAAAGAAAGAAAAGCCUAGAACCGAAAAGACAUUGCCUGCUCCUCCCACAGUUCCUGUGAAAGAUAAAUCGUUACCAACGCCUCCACCUAUAUUUCCACCUGUACAAAAUAUGAACAAACCAAUUGCAUAUAAAGUUAGAAUUAUACACAAAUAGACUAGAUAUUUAUAAUUUAACAAUUAAAUCGUCAUUUUUAUACUUGUCAAUGAUAUCCUCAAUAUCAUACUUCUUUGCAAUUUCUUUAUUAAUAAACCUCCCUCCUAAAUAGUGAACCUUAUCUUUACCACUUUCGACAAAUCUAGCAGCACAUGGUUUUGGAGCAGUUAAACUUAUCAACAUUGAUGCAUUAAUGUCUAUAUCUGUAGGACCUUGGUCAACAUCCCAUCCUGAUGGAAUAUCAACUGCUACGACAGGAGCAAUCUUGUCAUGAUUCACGGAAAGAAAACUAAUUAAAUCUUUGAAUGGUUCUCUAAUUGGUGGUUUGAAUGAAAAUCCAAAUAAUGAAUCAAUGAUUAAUUUAACUUCACCUUUGUUAUUAAGCAAUGCUUUCACCUCUUCUAAUGUUUGUAAUUCUCCCACUUGUAAAUCUUGCAAUUGUUUAACAAGGUUAGAAUACAAUUGGUUGCUGGUUUUUUUAGGAUAGUACAACACCGGAUCAUAUGACCCCCAAGUUUUCAAAUGACGAGCAGCAACCAAUCCAUCACCACCAUUAUUUCCCGGACCUACAAGAACCAACACUUUAUUGGGAGUCCCUGUAGAAGGAGGGUACUGUUUAUAUAUUGCUUUUGCAACAGCCAAACCUGCCAAUUCCAUCAAUUGAUCAAUCGAAAAUGCACCCGUUGACAUCAAUUCUCCGUCCAAUUGAGCAGCCGAUUUGGCCGACAAUGUCUUGAAUCCAGCUUUUAUCAUGGUUGUAUACUGAGAUGCAAUCGAGAAUAAUAUAAUUGCUGUAGAAACGAAAAAAAUAGUGAUCCCCUUAUUAUUCAUUAAGGGGGGUAUACAAAAGUGUCGUGAUAUUUUUCUAAUUGGCCCACACAGAAGAAAUUCACUUUUUGACAUAUGUCCUUUCACCCUUUUAAAGUUUAUUUUCUUCUGUAUUACAGUUGUAGUUAUAGUCCUUCCUAU